UCAAAUAAAAAAAAACAAAGAAAAUAUCCUUAAAAUUACAAAUUUAUCUCUAAAAUCUGAUUUUCAUUCUUUUCUUUUUCCAGAAAGCUAACUAAAAACUUCAAAAGAAGAAAAAAAAAAAAACAAAAUAACAGAAAAUGCCAUUUCAAAGAAGCUACAGCAAAGUAUGGUGGGGUUCGGAUAAUUCAGUUCCCACGACAGCUAAUAACGGUAACUAUCAUCUAUCCUCGAACCAACACAAUGGUGGUUAUAGUUCCUUAGACUAUAACCUUAUUCGAUCCAAUGCUGGUGGUGGAAAUCUAUCUCGCAUCCAAGAGGUUGAAGAUGAAAAUUCAUCGAAAUUAUGGGCUAAACACGAAAGUCCUGGUAGCCUAAGGAGUCAGGACUCUGGAUUCUCUGAUAACGACGAAUCACAAAGUAUUGGUGGUGGUGGUCUACCUCGUAGACGAACUUCACUAUCUUCAUCCUCACCAAGGAGCGCCAAAUCGGAUUUAAGUGAAAAUAAUUGCUCUCCAACUUCUUUUCGUACCAUAGAAACUCCACCGACUGUGAUAAGGCGCAAUAAGAUGUCUUUAAAUCUUCUAACGCCAAACCGUUUGUCCUUCAGUGCACCCAAUUCGCCUUGUGUUGAGCGUAAAAAGGAUAUCGCUGAUGACAAUGCAAACGGAAACACAGAUGACACCACCUGUGAUCUUAUAAGCCAACUUAAUAGGAUUAGUUUUGUUAAUACAACGCCAAAGAGACGAGAUGAUGACAUCACAGACUUGUCGUCGUCGUCCUGUAAAUGCUCACCGAUUAAUAAGGAUAUUCUUUCGGCAACAAAGUCGACAUUGUCGUCGUCGUCUGUUAGUUCAACAUCGUCAAUUCGACGUCGUCGUUUGGUUAGCCGCAAGACGAGAAGGAGUUUAAUGCCAGCUAAUGCUGCUCCUUUAGAUGCAUCACCAACACGUCUUCUAACUGAAUAUAAUAAUGAAACAGUUAUACUUGGUGGUGCAGUAGAAGAGGAUGCCAAUAAUAAUACAAUGAAAUCUGAAGGAGGUGCUGUAAUCUCUCCACUCAAAGCUAAAUAUGGAGUGAAUUUCACCGCCAGUACUAGUACACCAAAGUCGAAGAAGGGAGUUCCUGUUAAAUAUGGAAGUACUUUACCCUCGAUGGGUAUUGAAUAUGAUAAUCCUUUGCUCAAUGGACAUCCUCCGGCUCUUCAGAGCUGGCUUGAGGAUAUUCGUAUGUCAUAUGACCGUGAAGUGAUGUCAACUCUCCAAACAAAAUCCAUUGUACUGGAAGCAUUUAAAAAUAUGAAGAUAACCAGCAAUACUGUGGCGAAGAUUAUUCGUCAACUUCAGCAACGUUCUGUGGCAAUGCAAGCUGAUUUCGAUAUUAUGGAGAAAAUACUGAAAGGUGAUACCUCAGCAACUCUCCACGUGGCUUUAACCAAAGCUCAUAAUCUACUCGAAAGUGUCGAUGAUUUUACCUUAGCUCUCGAACGUCGUUCGGUAUUUUUUGCUGAGUUCCGAGCUGAUCGUAAACGUUUUCAAGAUAAUAUUGAACACAUCAAAUUGAUUGUCAAAGAUACUCGAAUAUCUCUGGAGAAACACCAUUACAUACAAAUGGAAUCUCUACACGAUGAUAUUCAAGUACUCAAGCGCUAUUUGCUGAUAACUCUUCGCUUAGUUUUCGAAAAGUUAGUCAGAGUAAUAGUGCAAAGUGUUGAACAGUCCAAAUGUGAUUUGAUGUUGAGGGCGAAUUUGAAUAUGAUUGCAACAUUGUCGAAUAUGCAAUAUGAAGGAUUUGCAUCGUUGAGUGAUGCUUUUGUACAAAAUGAAGCAGUUAGAGCUUUGUUGAUGGUUUGUUUGGAAAAUAAAUUAUCAUCGGUAAGAGCUUUGGCAUUGAGGGCUUUGGCAACGAUUUGUUGUACCCCGGAGGCAAUAAGUCAAUUUGGUGAAGCAGGAGGUUUGGAGAUUUUGAGAGAUAUUUUACAAAAAGAUGGAGAAAAAGAGUUGACAAAGAAGACAGAUGCUGAGAGGAGAGAAGCUGUUUCGUUGUUGACGCAGAUAACAGCUCCAUGGCAUGGUGGUCAGUGUAAGGUCGAAGGACUUAAGGACUCGGCGGAAAUUAUUGUCGAAGGACUUACUGAUUUAAUCGAAAGGACCAAUUGUUGUCCAACAUUGCUCCUGUGUGCAGCCUCAUUGAACAAUCUAAGUCGUGUGGAAAUGACCUCUGUUUACUCAAUUAUGUCCAACGAGACCAUAAUCAAACUAAAGGACACUCUCGAAAAUCGUGGAUUAUCAGGAAUAUCGAUUUUCCUUUAUGAACAAAUUGUCGCAAUGCUUCACAACAUGUCCAACAACAAAAAAUGCCAUAGCCAUUUGGCCAACAGCAACAUCAUAAAUUUCAUCACGUUCAUAUUUCAAGCGGAAUUCUACCGGAAGUAUACGUCACGUGCCGAAGUUGAUGCACAACGACGCACGAUCAAAGCAAUUCUGCAUACAUUGGCCCGUCUAAUUCACGAAUCCAGUCUCGGCCAUGAGAUUCUCGAACAGAAUUUUAUUCCGAUAUUCUCAAAGGUAGGAGUACAUGAGAAUGAUGGUGGCGGCAGCGAUGUAGAUUAUGGAAAGGAUAUAUCCGUUUUGGCUCGUCAAUUGAACGAAAAUUGUACGAAUAAAUCAUUUAACCGGUCACAGGAGAGUCGUGGCUCAACAACGUCUACGUUGUCAGCUUCAGGGAUGAAAUUCAAUCUAACUCGGCAGGAGAGUUACGUUUAGAGACACAACCACCUACUCCAUCAACCCUUUAUACCUGCCAUUAUAUAGUAUAGUGAGAUGACGUUAUGCUGUGCUCAAGGAUGCAGUUAAGGAAACAUUUCGUCUCGCUAAGGAUAUACGAGGAUAAUUCUAAGCUGUCGAGAUUUGUCUUUUGCUUCACAUCUCAGGACAUUUAUCUCAUCCUUGCGUGUGUGUGUGCUAUAAAGGAGGAGUUUGGGAAAUCGAAAAUUGAUGUCAAAAACAAUGGACGUGAUGUGUAGGCUUAAUGUGUGCACGUGGAAGAAGAGAGACAGCCGCCAGAAGCUAGGCAGCCUGCGGGUGCCUCUGAUGGUGCCUAGACUGAUGUUUACUUAAAUGAUGUUGAUGCCUACAAAAUAUAAAUUAAAAUAGAUGGCGGUUAAAUGGUUUUUUUUUGUUUUGGUCGUGACUAUCGACAAGUAAACGUUUUUGCGAGCUUUUAACUUUUUUGUUGUUUCCUUGAGUUUCGAAAACAAAAAUGCUCCAGGAUGGUGGUGGUUGAUGUUGAAGUUUUUUGUUUUUGUAUUGCUCUUGGGAGGGAGCCACAUAUGAGUAUGAAUUCAAAUGUACAUAAUUAUCCUUAAAUUUAUUUUGUACAUAUAACUUUUUUAUUUUUUUUUGUUUUUUUUUUUUUUGAUGAAAUAAUAAAUUUUUAUGUUGUAAAAAAAACAAAUUGUGUAAAGUGUAAAAAUUAAAAUUACAUUAAUUUUUGUAAAUAAAAUCGUUAGUUUUAAGUUAAAAUAAAGAAAUUAAUAUAUUAUUAUAAUUAUGUAUUUAUCAAAUAAAAUAAUGUAAUUAAACAAAUAUAAAACAUAA